GAGAAGGCAGCACAGGUCCACCCGGUGGUGCUGUGAUAUUGAGAGGUCAUACAUUUUCGAAAAACAAAGACAGCAAACCAGAAAGCCAGGAUGUCUGAAGAGCUGCCCCUCAACAUAAACAUCAAGGAGCCAAGAUGGGACCAAGGCUCAUUUAUGGGGCGCGCCAAGCACUUCUUCAUGGUCACAGAUCCCAGGAACGUCCUGCUGUCCUCGCAGACUCUGGACGACGCCAAAGUGGUUAUGGAGAACUACAGAGGCGGGAUCGUGAAGCCUGGCCUGACGGAGGAUGAGCUCUGGAGAGCCAAGUACAUCUACGACUCCGCCUUCCACCCCGACACAGGGGAGAAGAUGUUUGUGAUUGGCCGGAUGUCCGCUCAGGUGCCAAUGAACAUGUCCAUCACAGGCUCCAUGCUCACCUUCUACAGGACUACACCAGCAGUGGUGUUCUGGCAGUGGGUUAACCAGUCCUUCAACGCUGUCGUCAACUACACCAACCGCAGUGGAGAUGCCGCCAUGACCGUGAAUCAACUUGGUGUGGCCUACGCCAGUGCUACUACUGGAGCUGUGGUCACUGCCCUGGGAUUCAAGGCUCUAGCUUCGCGUCUCCCUCCGAUCGUCAGCCGGUUUGUCCCCUUUGCUGCUGUUGCUGCUGCUAACUGUAUCAACAUUCCCUUCAUGAGGCAGAGGGAGUUGAAGUACGGUAUCCCUGUGAUGGAUGAGAACGGAAACCGGUUAGGAGAGUCCCCCAAUGCUGCCAAGCAGGCCAUUGUGCAGGUGGUAGUGUCAAGGAUCGGCAUGGCAGUGCCAGCAAUGGCCAUUCCCCCGGUUAUAAUGAAUGCUCUGGAGAAGAAAGCUUUCAUGAAGCGGUUCCCAAUUCUAAACGCUCCAAUCCAGGUUGGGCUCGUCGGUCUAUGCCUGGUGUUUGCAACUCCUCUGUGCUGCGCCCUCUUCCCACAGAAAAGCUCUAUGAGUGUGAGCGGGCUGGAAGCAGAUCUGCAGGAGAGGAUACGACAGAACAGUCCCAACACCACCACCGUCUUCUUCAACAAGGGCCUGUAGGACCCGCCAACACAUCUCCACACACACAAGACAUGCAGACACUCACACAUGUACACACACAUAUGUUGUCCUGUGGGCACAAGUAGGGGGGGGGGAACAAAAUGUAUUUAUGCUUCUUUUUGGUUGUUCUUGUCGUGGGUCCUGCUCCAUUUAAAUAAAUGAAAAAUGUAACUGCACAGAGCUGCUCCAAGUGUAACAGUGGAGGGUUAGGGAGUCUAUUGGUCAGAAUGAACUGAAGGGAAAACAAUAACACUUUAAGAAGGAAACUCACUGACGGUUCUCUCUGUACAAACAUGGCACUCCUUAGAAAGGAAAAACUGAACAGAUAUAUUUUUUUUUAUCGUGGUGUGUUUCCUGUCUUCCUUUGGUCAAAACUGCCUAUAGGGUGGCAGUUCAUGAAGUCACUGCUUUGUGUUUCACUCACCAAUAUUUCAUGUUGCAUACAGGUCCGCGCAAGUUUUAAGUCCUCGGGUAAAUUAUUCGUAACUCAAGUUUAUAAUGGAGGCUUGUAAGUCACGCCACUUGUAAUUGCUUCUGAAUGUCAAAACAUCAAUGUUUUGCCUUGUGUCUCCCUUCAUUUAGAUAUCCUCUUUCCAUUUCUUUCCUAGUCAGUGUUGCGAUAAUCCGUUUUGAAGUUAUAUAUUAAGUGAUACUAUGACUAUUCUUGCCACCAAGUAAUUUCCAUCUUGUAGUUCUUGUAGUACUGGAAAAACCAGCGUUGAUUAGCUCAGAAUAGUCUCUUAAUAGUUCAGCCGUUGAUGAAUACGUUUCUCUUUUGUUGUACUCAUUGUUACCCGGUGCAGCUUACUCUAUUCAACUCUCCUUUAAGUGUACUUAUACCCCUUACUUA